AUGUCUACUACGACCGACUCAAUGUUUCGAAAGAUACGAAUAGAACUCGUUCGAAAAGAGAAUCACUUCUUCCCUCUUCCCAUAUCCAACUGCACCUUUGACCCUCUACCAGAAGGAAUCUAUGAAACCGACCACCCUCACUUCAUGCGAAGGCCAAUGUCGCUCGAUGCUCUCUGCCGCUUCGGAGAGGAGGAUUACACCAACGAUCGUCCCAUUCACUUCGUCGCCCGCCUCCAUGGAUAUAAACGCCGUGAUCCCAAUGCUCUUCGUUUCGCAAUCAAGAUGGCAGUACACGUCGAGUUCGGCAAGGGUAGCUGUCCGGAUGACGUUAAAACGGAUUUGAUCAAAGAGGCCACUUUCCAUGCGACUAACCUCAAGCAUCUGCAAGGGAAGAUCGUUCCUAUCCAUUACGGGAUAUGGACCGCAGAGACGACUUGGGGUGGUACGGUCGUCUGCUCUAUCACGGAACACCGUGGAGUUCCAUGGCGUAUCGGUGGACCAUACGAUACGCCUGAGAACAGGAUGGCAUUGGCGAAUAUGAUGCAAGAUUUACACUGUUCAGGAUUCUACCAUGGUCAAUUAGGCGCCGGAAUCAUAAACCAUCUCCUGUGGGACCCACGUAGGAACCAACCUCUCAUCAUCGAUUUCAAGAACGCGAGGCUUAUACUGUGUGACCACAAACUACCGUUAACCACCUUAGAAUCGAUGCCCCUUAGUUGGAUGUUUUGCUCGGAACUCAUCGAUGUCGCAUUUUAUCUCCAGCUGUGGGGGGACAAGGAGUUCAAAGAUGAUCCAAAGGUUCAUCAGUUGCUACAGGAUUAUACAUCUCACUUGUGCGCAGAAAGCGGGACGCUGGCGCGUCCUUCUGCUUGUUUCAGACAUGACGGCGCGAAUUCAGGCAGGGUGUUGGUGUAGGGUAGCAUUGUCUUGAUGGGUGGAUGGUCAAUUGUAUCCCUGAGGGGGGUGUAGCGCGAAGUCGUCUUGUUAGAUGUUGAUAGGUCGAACUAUGAUACUAGUUACACACUGGUACCAUACUGCAUCUGCGUAGAAGGGUGUAUACGAGCCAAAGGACGUCUAAGGACACGAGAAUAAGACUGACUCAGAAUGUGAGUCAGUCAAUACGAAUAAACACUCGAGUGCCU